UAUUGGUGUCUAUAGGGGACUACCGGUGCAUAUAUGGCAAAUCUGCCCGCUUCUGCUUAUGGUGCUUAUCCUACCGCUACUGUCUUACCGGGUCUGAUGUCAGCCGCUGAUCACUUGACGACAAACUAUGGUGUAGUUCCUACUCCUACUCUCAUUGCCUCUCACAAAACUCAGCGCACAGACCGUCUCGAGGUUUGCCGUGAAUUUCAAAGAGGCAAUUGCAAGCGCCCCGAGUCUGAGUGCCGGUUCGCACACCCGCCCGAUCACCUGCAAGUGGACGCUAGCGAUGGUGUCGUAACGGUGUGUAUGGAUUUCGUGAAAGGCCGCUGUUCUCGUGACCAGUGCCGUUAUUUGCACCCCCCGCCGCACCUUCAGGCACAGCUUAAACUCGCCCACAACCGGCCAAACUCCGCUGCUCUGGUAGGACUGCUCGGCCACUAUAUGCCGGCCAAUUGUGCCAAUACUACUCUCUUCAUGCAUUUGUUGCAAUUACUGCGCCUAUACUUUUCAAAAAUGUACUUCUUUUGCCACCACUUCCUAAUCAUCGGUAUCUCUAUUGUAUUGCAGGCAAACCUCAUCCCCUGUCCAUCCGUUUAUGUACUCAUAAUCCUCUAUGACUGCAAUUAA